AUGGCACCAACCGCAAUCACUCCGCCGCAUGGCGUCCAAAAGACUUCUGAGCUCACGGCCGCUGCCGUCGCCAAAAAGAUCACCCAAACUUCCACAGGGCCACAACCUAAUGGCGGGGAGGCUGCUCUCCAGCCACUUGAUGCCUCAAAGCUAAUCUUCACGAAGACGAAGACUCCUAUGUCCGUUCCCGAGCCAGGAGAUCCAAUCAUCAAUACUUCGUCACAAUGUACAGACCACAUGAUAACCGCAGUGUGGCGUGCGGGAACUGGAUGGGAUGCACCGGAAUUGAAACCCUAUGGAAACUUAUCUCUUCCUCCUACGGCAUCUGCACUACAUUAUGCAACCGAGUGCUUUGAGGGGAUGAAGAUGUACAGAGGCUUUGAUGGAAAAUUGAGACUAUUCCGACCCGAUGCAAAUUGCAGGCGUAUGUUGGUUUCCUCAACACGUAUUGCAUUGCCGGGCUUUGAUCCCAAGGAGCUGGAGAAGUUGAUCAUUGCUAUGAUUGCUGUUGAUGGCCCAAAGUGGCUCCCAAAGUCCAGGCCAGGGACUUUCCUGUACCUCAGACCCACUAUGAUCGGUUCAGCUGGAGCCCUCGGCGUUGCGACUCCCAAAGAAGCCACUCUUUUUGUCAUCUCGACCUUCAUGCCAACGCUCGGCGGACCCAAGGGAAUGAGAUUACUCGCCUCUCAAAAUGGUGUUAGAGCAUGGCCAGGAGGGUUCGGCUUCGCUAAAGUCGGAGCCAACUACGGACCUACCCUAAUGGCAAACCAAGAAGCGGUAACCCGGGGAUACGACCAAGUCCUCUGGCUCCUAGAUGGAGUUGUUACCGAAGCCGGCGCAAGCAACUUCUUCGUAGUCUGGCGCUCAAAGGAGGGGAAGGUCCAACUAGUAACCGCUCCCCUUGGCGAGAAGAUUAUCCUCGAUGGUGUCACGCGGAGGAGCAUCUUGCAACUGGUCCGUGAGAGGCUCACGGAUGGCUCAGCUUCUGGGCUAGAGCCUGUUGAGAUUGUAGAACGGAAAUUUACCAUGGAGGAUGUUGUGGAAGCCGUUCGUGAGGGGCGCAUGAUCGAGGCUUUUGCUGCUGGUACUGCUUUCUUUGUCUGCCCCGUCACAGUAAUCAGUUAUAAGGACGAAGACCUACCCAUCCCCAUGGUUCGUGGAGAAACUGGCGAAUAUGCAGGUUUGAUCAAGAGCUGGCUUGUAGAUAUCAUGUAUGGCAAGGUAGACCACCCUUGGGGUGUGGUUAUAGAUGAGAAAGAGGAGUUUUGA